GCUUUUAUUUUUUUCUUUUAUAUAUUAAUGGUGAGUUAGCUAAAUAAAAAAUGAAGCAAGCGGCUUGAGUAAAAAAGAAGACACGACCAAGAAGAAAAAAAAUAAAUAGUUGGCAAAAAAAUAAAUAAAUAAAUAAAUAAAUAAACAAAUAAACAAGUGGGUCCUAAAGAAUUUUUUGUUAUUCUUAUGCAAGCGGCUUGUAUGUGUUUGACUAGUCAUCUUUUGUGCAUCAUGAGAUCUGCCAGCUUAUUUGCAUUUCCAGUUGGGUCUUAAAGAAUUUUGUCUUAUUCUCUUUUAUUCUUUGGCUGCCAAGUGCCCUUUCCUGACCUAGGAAUUUUGGGUUAAAUAGCCCUACAGUGUUUUGACAACCGUCACUUACAAAGAGAGGCUUUUGAGAGGUUUCUAUUUUCCUUUGCAUUUUUCCUCUGUUAGUGAGCUUUGCAUCUAUCAAAAAUGGGUUUUUCAAAUCGAUUCUGAAGCUGCUUUAAAGAUUAAAAUCUAUAUCUAGAAUAGUUAAACACAUACUCAUCUAGAUCUAGGUUAGAUUCUUUGAUCGGUUUCUUCAAGAAUGGUUUGCUGAAGAAAUCGAUUCUUUCUUUGAAUCUCCAGUUUCUUUCAUUUGUCCUUCUAGAGCUGAGCCGCUGGUGCCAUGGAGUGAUGGAGCUGAAUAAGGAAGUUGCCACUACCAUGAAAGACUAAGUUGCUAGUUCUUGCUGAGCUUGGAGAAGUUGGUUGCACAAAGAGGUAUAGCUUUUCCUAAAUUGAUACAGGAGUCUUGAGCUUGUGGUUGUAAUCUUUGUAAGAACCUUCUUUGCUUAGUAGAUUGCCUGGUCAGAUGAUGACCUCCAGUUUUUCCUAAUGGUGGGUUUAUAGCUCCAGCCAGUAAUGGAAGAAGACGACGGCAGCAACAGAUAUGGUGCCACAAAUGAAAUUAUAGACCUCGAUGGCGCAGCUGAUGUUGGUAUUUUUGAGCCCCCCAACUCAGAUGUCAACUGGAGCAACGCCGUCCAAGGCCAAGGUGGCGGAAGAGGAGAGUCAGAUGUUGGGAUUUCAAGCUGUAACAACUUAGUUGUCGACUGCAGCAAUGGCGGCCAAUCCAAUAUUUAUAAAAAUAAAAUUACCGCAAAAAAAGGAGAGUCAGAUGUUGGGAUUUCAAGCUUUAACAACUUAGUUGUCGACUGCAGCAAUGGCGGCCAUGGGCAAGGUAGCCGUGAAUUCGAAGGUAUCUGUCACAACAUUGAUUGUAAUGAAAUUACUGCAGAUAGAUCCAAAAACGUUGGGUGUGAAAACUUUGGCAACGUCAACUACAACUGCAAGACUACUAGUACUAAAGAUCACGGCAAAGCAGCAGGUGGCUCAAGUUCCGCCCAAGGCCAAGGUGGCGGUGGAGGAAAGAAACCCGAGCGUGACGGUCUCAACAUUCAUCGCAAUAACAUUGCAGGAGAUAGAGUUCCGAAAGCGUACCACAACUUCAGCAACUUCGAAUGCAACUUGAAGACAACUAAUACUGAAGAUGACGGCAACACCAACGAAUCCAAUAUUUCUAAAAAUAAAAUUACAGCACGCUAUGGGUCCUCAUAUGUCGGGAUGUUCAACUUUCACAACGUCUACGUCAAUGCCGGCCAAGGUCAAGGUGGCUGUGAAGGAAACGAGAGCUUCUUCAAACACAAAGGUAUAGGGUUGAUGUUGCCAUUGGACUCCUCCGCAUUUGUAUAAACUCUUUGUAGUUAUUGUAAAACCUAUUAGACGGCCUACAUGAGUAAAACUUUCUUUUCUCCACCACAGGUCUCAUUGGGUAUUCUGUUUUGUUUGCUGCAUGUAUGUGUUUUUGACA